AUGGCCUCGACGGAAGGAGGAACGUCAGGGUCCGGACAAGCAGAGUCAGGCUCCAACAGUGAUACGUCGAAAAUGGAUACGGUCACCCUACCGGUGCAACUGACUUCUGUAAGCAGCUCAAUUCAAUGCCUGGUGCGAGAUCUGCAACAGGAGGAGCACGAUGCUGACCGGUUUAUUGCCGGGCACGUGCCCCCGAAUGACGUUGAAGACUUCCUGAAACUGGCGUAUCUCAAAACAUGUUUGUCGGGCACGGCACGCAACGUCCUCGAUGGGAUCGUCCUCGACAACGACCACUACCCAAUUGCUGUCGAAUUACUCAAAGAACGGUUCGGCAGGCAGCAAAUGGUGCUGAAUGCCCACUAUUCAGCCCUGGUCGAUCUGCCACCGGCCUAUGACACGGCCACAUCACUGCGCCAGUUGUACGACACAGUUGAAAUACACAUCCGGGCGCUCAGUGCUAUUGGCGAAGACUGUGACCAAGGGAUUUUUGUGUCUCUGAUCACGUCAAAGCUGCCGAGUCCUGCCAUGUUUCAACUGCAAUUAGCUAAAGGUGAGGAGACGUGGUCCGCCGACCGCCUCCGCAAACAUUUACAUGACUAUAUCAUGGCAAAGGAAGCAGCAGCUCGACCAACAUCAGUCGGUUCUGCACAGUCAAGCAUGACUGUACCGCGGUCCACGAAUGCCAGCCCUGGCGACAUGCGGCCAGUCCAGACGUUGGCAGUUUCGGUCAAGAAACCACAACGCGCAAAAUGCUUCUUUUGCAAGGAAGCCCAUUACACAGAUGAAUGUGACCGGUACAGAACUAAGACCAGACGCCAGCAAAUCCAGGGUCGGUGCUUCAUUUGUUUCCGGGACAGCCAUAUGGCUCCGGCUUAUCCAAACCCCUGGGCUUGUGCACAUUGCCACAAGAAGACACACCACCGCAGUCUCUGCCCUUCCAAAUUUGGAACUGGCCAACAACAACAAUCGAAACCACCAAUCAAAGCCAACACAACAUGUGCCACAGCUCCUAGCUCUCCCAGCCAACAACAGGAUGCAGUCAUCCUGCAAACAGCAGUAGCCACAAUUGGCGGCGCCACAAUUACCCAGCCCGCGCGGCUCAUGUUUGACACUGGGUCGUCACGGUCUUUUAUUACACACGAAGCACAACACGCACUUCAACUUGCUGCCAAUGGUUCAGACACCAUCGCCAUGGCUGGCUUUGGCGACAGUGCCCGCAAGGUUGUCUGUCUGCCACGUGUGCAACUCUCUGUCGGGUGUGAUGAUGGCUCCACCGUUACGGUCAUAGCCAACGUAGUCGACAACAUCACAUGUCCCAUCCAACGCUUUCCACUCGAUUACACCAAAUAUCCGGUUCUGCAGUCUGUAAAUCUUGCUGAACCCACACCCCUUGCAACAGAGAGCGUGGUUGUCGACGUACUAAUUGGAAGUGAUCAUUACCAUCACCUCAUUGGCCCUCAGGUCAUAUCCGUUACCGCUGACCUAGUGCUGGUCGAGUCCAAGUUAGGGUUUAUUCCGUCUGGCAAAGUGUCUGGUGAUACGCCCCCAGACACCGUCAUGCAUCUGUCGGCGGAUUCCAUAGCGGAUGACACCUUACCUGCACUCGAAGAUCUGUGGAGCCUUGAGAGUCUGGGCAUUAAUGACGACCCAGAAACAACAGACAACGACAUGGUGAGAGAACACUUCAACGCCACAAUACGCAAAGAAAACGGUCGCUACACAGUCAACUGGCCGUGGAAGGAAAAAGCUCCGCAAGUGAACUAUGAGCUGGCCAGAGGUCGACUCGUCUCCCUAAUCAAGCGGCUUUCUACACAACCAGACAUCCUACGACACUACGACCAGACAAUCAGAGACCAACACGCAAGUGGUAUCAUCGAGGAAGUUCCGAAUGCCGUGCCCACUGGGCCGGUCCACUAUUUGCCACACCACUGCGUCCAGCGUCAGGCCAGCACAACCACCAAACUCCGCAUCGUAUACGAUGCCCCGUUCUUGCUGUCUGCCACCAUUCAUCACCAUCUCGACAACAGCAACAGCACGCUCGGUUCUGAAAUCCGCGACUCCACUUAUGUGGACAAUGUGAUAACUGGGCGCAACACGGCUGACGAAGCCAGUACUCUCUAUGAUUCUGCAAAGAGCCUAUUCAACGACGCCGCUAUGAAUCUCCGUGAAUGGUCAUCAAACAGUGAUGAAUUUAACCACACCCUGCCAGACUUCGACAAAGCCACAUCCAACAAUGUGAAAUGCCUCGGCCUGGCUUGGGAUACGAAAGAGGACACUCUCAAUGUCAUUUCUCCUAAUGUGGCUCACAAACACGCCAACACCAAGCGCAGCAUCAUCUCCGCUGCUGCUCGCUUUUACGAUCCCGUUGGCUACCUGUCACCUCUGUUUGUUCGAGCCAAACUUCUGAUCCAGGACAUCUGGAAAGCAAAGCUCGACUGGGAUGAUCCGGUUCCCAACAGCAUUGCAGAUGAUUGGCAGGCUAUUGCCCAAGACCUGGACAAAGCCGACACGUUCAAGCUACACCGCUUCACUGGUCUUGACCCAGCAUCUGUCACUCGCCGCGAACUUUAUGUGUUCUGCGACGCAUCCGAAAAAUCGUACGGUACGGUUGCCUAUCUCCGUGAGGAAAGCGCCACAGCUGUGGCCACAGUCCUGCUCGUCAGCAAGACGAAGGUAGCUCCACUCAAACAAAUGACAAUUCCUCGUUUGGAGUUGAUGGCAGCGCUAAUCGGUUCUCGGCUUAUCAAAUUUCUCCAGAACACACUGCCAUUUGAUCUCCACCGCACUGUUCUGUGGUCCGAUUCAACUUGUGUUCUACACUGGAUCAAUGGCACGAACCAGCAAUCUGUGUUUGUCCAGCGGCGACUAAUGGAAAUCCAGUCGAAUCCGACAAUUGCAUUCAAGUUCGUCAGUACGGAUUGCAAUCCUGCUGACCUACCCUCGCGUGGCGCGACAGCUGCUGCAUUGCACGACAGCAAACUCUGGUGGGAAGGUCCUGAAUGGCUACGCGGUGAUACCAGCUCACUCGGUGAACUACCAUCCCCUUCACUUGCCACAGCUGCAGCAAUGGUCUCAGAACCACCCACUGAGGUAUCUGUCGCAAUCAACUCUUGCCCUGGGGAGGGUCCUUUCAUCUCUAUCGAAAGGUAUUCCUCUUGGUCGAAAGCGGUACGCGUAAUGGCUUACGUGAAACUGGCAGUACAGAAGCUGCAAGGCAAAUGCAAACAACAAACACAACUAACCACAACCAAUAUCAAGGAAGCUGAAAUGGAAUGUGUACGAGUUAUCCAAGGUCAAGAAUUUGGUGAAAUUAAAAAUGCAAUUCAGAAAAAACAAAAAAUGGAACUCGUUACCAAACUCGGUCUACUUAUCGAUACCAACGGCCUAAUUCGGUGCGCAGGGCGCAUGAAGAAUGCUAGGUUUCCAGAAUCUGGUCCAAUACUGCUGCCACGGAAACAUCCUGCCACGAGGCUAAUCGUGCAACUGUGCCACGCUCGCGUUCGGCACUCCGGUACUAGCCAGACGCUCAUGGAGGUGCGUAAGCGUUUCUGGAUAACUCGUGGGCGGGCCACCGUGCAGACAAUAUUGCACAGCUGCUACCACUGCAAGAAAUGGGAAGCGAAGCCAUACCCAAUGCCGGAUUUUGCUCCACUGCCGAGCAAGCGUGUUAACAGGUGCAUACCAUUCUCGUACACUGGUAUCGAUUACUUCGGCCCAAUGACAAUGACCAAGGAAAGCGAGAAAUGCAAGUUGGGCACUCCUGGUAUGGAGGGAGACUUUGGUAAUGACCCAACGUUUGAGCCUGACACGUCUUUGGCUAACACAUUGCUAACUGCCUGGACGGAUGGUCAACGCCUACUACAGACUUUUUGGUCAGAAUGGCAGUAUUCGUAUCUACCCACGCUACGUGAACGUGGUCAGACUGCACUUCCGCAUGGAAGACUACAAGCACAUGAUCCACCUGCUGUGGAUACUGUUGUCCUAGUCAAGGAAGAAAAGAUGCCACGCGGCUCUUGGUUAAUUGGACGAAUUGACAAACUGCACAACAGUAAUGAUGGUGAAAUCAGAUCUGCAACAGUUGUUUUGCCAUCCAAGCGGCAGAUCCAACGUCCACUAAGUCUGUUGUACCCAAUUGUGCAAGCGGAGAAUCACGAUGCAGCGCACGAUGACCCGCCGCUCGCACAACCUGCACAGCCUGUACAGCCUGCACAACCUACACAGCAACAACCAGCUCGACCAACACGCCGUGCAGCCGCUGGUUCCCGUGCCAACCUGAAGAACCUAAUAAGUCAAGGUGCAGUAUAA